AUGCGCCACGUCAGCUCUGGCGGGAGCAGGCGACCAAUAGCGGAGCUGGCUCAUCUGCUCCUCUUCAUAGCGCCGGAGGUGCUCCAUCUGCGGUUCAGUGCGGUGAAAAUGAAACGUGGGGAGAUGCAACGUGGAGCCGCACAAGCGGCUGGAGAUCCGGGAUUCACGGUAGCGACCAGCGCUUCCGCCGCCACGACUCGCGAUGAUUCGCCAGCGGAAGGCGCCACGCAAGCCACGUGGACAUACCGAGCGAGUCCGUUCAUUCCGCGUGACGUGGUGGAGAUCGUGGUGGUGCGGCACGGCGAGACGACGUGGAAUCGCGACAACCGCAUGCAGGGGCAAACGGAGUCCCACCUCAGCGACGUCGGCCGCGCUCAGGCCCGCGCGCUGGCAGCUCGCUUUGCGGGGGCCGACCUGCCUUUCACAGCGCUGUAUUCAUCGGACCUCAGGCGGGCGGCAGAGACGGCAGAAGCGGUGGCAGAGGCGGUGGACAUGGGGGCAGAGCAGGUGGUGCGGCUGCCAGGACUCAGAGAGCGUAACUUGGGGGUUCUGGAGGGCCUCGUUCGAGACGAAGCUUCUCAGAAGCACCCUGAGGCGUACGGCGUACUGACCUCGAAGGACUGGAGUCAACCUAUUCCUGGAGGGGGCGAGAGCUUGGAGGCCAUGUAUGGGAGAGUGACAGCAACCGUCAAUCGCAUUGCCAAGGAGCACCUUGGCCAAAGGGUGCUCCUGGUGACUCACGGUGGAGGAGGCGCACAUCCCGGCAGGGAUUUGCUGCUCGGGAAGCGGUCGCGCUCUCGGUCGCAUGUGGCGAGAGCCCUGCCGGUCUCGAUACACGACGUGGAAGGGCCGCUCCGCGACCUGCUCUUCGCGACGAUCGGCGCCGCGACGGCUCUCAUGGCGUCGGGGUGCAUUGCGUGGCUUACGAAGCGAAAAGAGUCCAAGGUGCUCGCGGAAGCCAAGGAGCGGGGGCCCGCCGCCUUGCCCGAGGUGCCGCCGGCGGCGGAUCCCAGCAACGCAAUGGGCGGCGCGGAGGUGGGCGCGGGCGGCGGCAAGGAGUCAGUGGAGUGGGUGAACAUGGUGCUGCAUAAGAUGUGGAAGGUAUAUCGGCGUUCCAUCGAGGCUUGGCUCGUCGGCCUGCUACAGCCCGCCAUCGACACGCUCCCGCUGCCAGCCGUCGUCACGCGCGUCGAGAUCGCCGAGUUCAGCUUGGAUUACGAGCCGCUCGCCGUGCGCAACGUGCAGCGCCGCGCCAGCCGACGCGCCAACGACCUCCAAUACCACGUGGCGCUGCGCUACACGGGAGAUGCGCGGUGCCUCCUGCUGUUACAUCUGCGCGUGGCGGGAGUGGACUUCGCGGUGCCGGUGGGCGUGCACGAUCUCGACGUGGACGCGGAGCUCUGGGUGAAGCUGCGCCUCACGCCGCGCAAGCCGUACGUGGGCACGCUCUCCAUCGCCUUCGUGCGCCUGCCCACCAUCAAGCUCGUCCUCGCUCCGUUCAGGAUCGUCAACCUUUUUGCCAUCCCGUUCCUCUCCAGCUUCCUCUCCAAGCUACUCACAGUCGACCUGCCACGUCUGCUCGUGCUGCCACGUCACAUCACCUUCGACUUCCUCCCGGCCGGAGAGGACCCCCAGCAGCACAUGGCGGCGGCGGCGUCCGCAAUGGUACUGGAUCUGCUUAAAUCGGAGACGUUCACAGGGCUGGCGGGGCAGCGGCCGUCGUCAGCAGCGUCAGGGCUCGUGCCCACGCGCAUGGAGCCCAGCGACUCGUUCGUCGGCGAGCUCUCUGUGACGCUGUGCGAGGCGCGCAACCUGCCAUCUUAUGGCCUCUCAGUGUGGAGCAACCCGUACUGUCGGCUGAUGGUGGGGGACGUGAUGGUGGAGAGCAAGCGCAACAGCGAGACGUCACACCCCUCAGGAGCGAGGGACCCGGUGUGGAAUCAGGACUUCCACUUCUGGGUGGAGGACCCCGUCGGGCAGAAGCUCACCGUCAUGCUCCGGGAUUCUAUGGCGCUCAACCGCAACAUUGGCUUCGUUGAGGUGCCCAUCUGGCAGCUGCAGGACUGCGUGCCGCUCUCCAUGUGGUUACCACUGUUACAAGACGGCCCCUUCGGCGUCAAGCCCGCAGCACAGGGCGAGAUCCGCAUUCUUCUCACCUACAAGUCGUACGUGGACCGUGACGAAUCCUCCACGUUUAGUAACACUGGUGGUAACGCAGUAACCGCCAUUCCGGCACCCACCGCCCCCAUCGCUUACAUAAAAGUGUUUGGAGAGAGUGACUCGGACAGUGAUAAGGGGACGGCAGCGGAGGGGGAAGCGGAAGGGGUGGAUGAAGAGGCGAUGCGGGCACUGCAGCAGGAGCGGGAGCAGAAGGGGCUGGAUAAGAUGGUUGAGGAUAGUAUCUCUGAGGUGGUGGCGAGUAACGAGGCGGAAGUUAGGGCGGAGGAGGCAGGCGAGGGGAGCAGUGCAGGGAAUGACGAAGGCAAAGUAGAGGAGAGGAAACCGUCUCUAGUGAGCGUGGCAGGAGUGGUGGGGUCGGGGGCGGUGGCAGCUGUGGGUGGGGUGCUGAACGGUGCAAAGGGGUUGGCGGUUGGUGCGGCAGGGGCAGUGGGAGGAGCGGUUGGGGCAGCAGGAGGGGCCGUGGCUGGAGCAGCUGGGUGGAUGUUUGAGAGUGUGAGGGGAGUGCUAAGGAACAGGACAAGUGAUGAGGUUUAUGCUGAAAGGGCAGAAGAGGAGGAGGAAGGGAAGGGUUCAGUUCGUGACGUGUCUGCAGCUGCUAGGGACGGAUCCGGUUCGGAUGCCGAACCGCAGAUUCGCAUCCGAGCUUUUCCUGUGAGUGACUGGUCGCCGCCGAAGCAGGGGGUUAAGGCUGAGCAGCGCGCUGGAUACGAGGUGGGUGAUUGGGAUGAGGUUCGGCAGGAGCAGAGCGAGGCUCGGUUGACAGAGUGGGACAUAGAGAACACAGCAGAGCGGCUGUGGCGGCUGGAGGAGAGGCGGAGGAGGAGGGAGCUGAGAGCACAGAGGGCGAGCAGUGAUGCUGAUGCUGCUGCUGACACGGGUGGGUCUAGGGGUGUGAACGAUGCAGCAGCAGUGAGGGGGAAAGUCAACGGUAAGCCAAAUGGUAGGGUGGUGAAUGGUGAGGCGGCAGAGGGAGCAGAGGAGAGGGGCAGGUCGGAUGCGUUUGGGUCGGUGAAUGGAGCCAUUAGCGACUUCUUUGACUCCAUGAACCACCAGUAA